UGUUUUGUCACUUGAAUCUGACAGAAGUCGGUUUAUUUCCUUCGAUAAAAAAUGUAAGAGGAAAACUUGUUGGUAAAGUUUUGAUAAUUAAUCACACAACAAUCGUCCCACAAACCCAGGAAAUAUGACUGAGAUUCGUUAAAGCAAUAACCUAAUAGAUAUAGAUUAAAGAUGUCUGAUAAGCUUAAAAUCAUGACCAGUUCUGGGACUGUUCCAAAUAAGAUGCGGCUUUAUGCUACUUGGGUGGAUAGAACACCUUCGAACUGUAUUCCUAGGUUGUGCUCGUUGACACUCACAAGACUGGUUAUUUUAAAACCACUAGGAUCAGAACUGCAGUCACUUUCAAUUGCUGUGAAAAUGCAAUCUACAAAACGCACACUGCGGUCACACGAAUUAACGCUACCGCCUAAUGGAUUAUUAGAUUCCACUUUGGAUCUUACCUUUUGUCUUCAGUAUCCCCAUUUCUUGAAAAGGGAAGGUAAUAAGCUACAUAUUCUGCUCCAAAGACGAAAAAGGUAUAAGAACCGUACUAUGUUAGGGUACAAAACACUUGCAGAAGGAAUUAUUAGAAUGGAUCAGGUCCUUCAGAAACAUAUGGAUUUAGAACUUGAGUUGAUGUCUGAUAGUAAUGGUAAAGAAAAAGGAACUGGACCUGUAGCACGGUUGAGUGUUAUGCAGAUUAGCUCUACCCCAGUUGAUCAGGAGGGUAAAUCGGAUCAUAAAUAUGACUUUAGUGAUGAAGAUGAUGAAAUCAGUUCAGUAGAAGAAGAAGUAGGGGAUUUAUCUGACUGUGAACCAAUAAGGACUAAAAUACCACAUGCAAGACAUAAUCUCAAGCAGAGGUUUGUAUCUCUGUUGAGGAGGUUCCGUGUAGCUGAUAGUGAGGGCGGGAGGGGUACAGAUCUCACUAAUACUAGUGAUAUUCAGGCUCUUUUCCAAGAACUAGAAUCCCUCAGUUGUGAUGAAGAUUCCGGUGGCGAACAGGAUACAAUGUCCAUAUCCAGUACUCCAAAACCUAGUUUACGACCAUUUUUCAGCAGCAGUAAAAGUCUUCUAGACUCAAGUAGCCAAACUUUUAUAGAUACUGAUAAAUUAUUUGAAGAAAAGUUGUACUCAGGGAGUGAUGGAAAUGCGGAUCUCUGUGGCACAGAUCCUGAGAUACAAAGUGAUGCACAAACUGGUUCACCUCCUAGGGAGCCAACUGCGAAAUAUGAGAAGAUAAAGAGUAACGACAAUGAUUUCAGUAACAUCAUGCAAGAACUGACUGAAAGAAAAGCCAAGCUUUUCCGCUCUUCCACAUCUUCCGCUAAAAAAAAGAAUUCUCUGAGUGUUUGCUCAGAUAUUCCAAUAUUUGAGACAAUAACAGCAAGAAAGACGUUCUUGGAACAAAUCUCCUGCAGUUUACCAUUAGAAGAAAGUGUUCUUCCCGAAAAUAUAUUUUUAAUUAGUGGGCCAGACAAUGUGGUGAAUCCCAUAUGUUCCAAGCUUGCUCAUCACAAAGUAUUCCAACCUAUAUCUGCAGUAGAAGUGAAGGCCAUUUUAUCCCAUCUAUGCAAUAAAAUUCAUAAGUAUUACAACAGUUGUUCCAAAACAGGGACCUUUACUUUCAUCAGACUUAUCCUAAUUGGAGGAGACUUGUUAGUAGGAUGGGUAAUAAGACCAUAUGUGGAGCUUCUUUCAUCCAAACCAUCAGAUUGGCUCUCAUUUAUAAGAUUGUAUAUAAUACCAAUGGGAACUUGCAAUAUCGCGAAGCAGUUAACUUUGUUAGAUCAGGGAUAUGCUACACUGUUUCCCACAGAACAUGACUUCAGGGUGGACGAUAUGCAGAAAUUGCAGAAGUAUAUUUCGGCUCCUCCCACUGCCCCAUUUGCGCAGUUGCCAGUUGGUGAAGUGAUGUUGACAUGUUACGAUGAUUCUAAUCAACACUUCAUACCGUUCAUAAAUGAAGUGAGAGUUGGACCAGUGGAUCCCAUAUCUGGCCUUUCGGUCGACAUGGAUGAUGUGACAUGUUCCAGCCCUCCUUCAAUCCCUUCUUUGACUCCCCCCUCAUCGCCUAAUGUGCAAGUGAGGGAGAUGUGGGAACCUCUGGAACUACAGAUUGACUAUUGGCAGUUUCCCAAAAUAGGAGAAAAUGUUCAAAAGACUGAGAAAUGCAAACCUGAUGGAAAGAUUUCCAUAAAGGGUCUUUUCAGAGGGAUUCAGGUUACUCCAACCUGUAUUAAUGGACUGAAUGUGGCCAUACAGUUGGCUAACAAAGAGAAAAAACAGAAGAUUAUGAGAUUAGGCAAAAAGAAGGAAAAAGAGAAAGAUACAGAAGCAAGAAGUCAGUUCAUUGAAUAUGUAUCAAGGAUGAUUUGCUCAGUUCGUUCUUCUCACAAUACUCCUUUGAAAGUAUACGUGGAUGGCGUGGAAUUCAGUGGCGUGAAAUUCUUCCAACUAAAUUCUACUUGGCAAACUCAUGUCAAAUAUGUGCCUGUGGCUUUAGUGGGUGUGCCGUUAGCUAGCGCUGAAUGAGAUUAACGAAGCAGUUUGCUAAUUCGAUAGUAUUCAUUCUUAAACAGAGCUUUAAUGGUCGAGUUCCUGAUUGGGACAACUCCACCUGCUUUAUGAUUCCUUAAAUAAAAGAAGAAAAUAUAUAUCUAUACAGAUUACGCUGGCUGCAAAAAAAAAUGUAUAUCGCGUGCCAACAUUAUCGUUUAUUUAUUCAACUUUCAUAUUAGUUUUCAGUCAUACGAAAGAUAAGUGAUAUUUAUUGAGUAACAAGUUCAGCAUCUUAUAAUUUUUGCUGAAAAUAAUUUUAUUCAAUAAACAGAUUUUUCCAUGCAGCAUGCAAGAUGGAGAAGAAAAAUAUUUUCAUAUUCGAAAUAUUUUGUUGUCUCAGCUAAGUUGGAGAUAAGUUUGUAUGAAUUUGAUGAGUUAUGUACUUCAUAUUUUAUUGAUAUUUCGUGUUUUCCUAUUCUUAUAAUUUGAUUUCUUGAUACCCCAUCAGAUUUUGAUCUCGAGUUGAUUAAUUAAAAAUAUAUUCGAUUAUUUUCAGUUAUUAAUAUAUUUUAUUAUUAUGUCCAUUAAACUAUGUUGAUAUUUUUUCGUAACACUGAGAAAAACAUCAACUUACCUUAAAAUAAAAAAAAGCACUUUGUCCAAUACCAAGAGAAGUGGAUAUGAAAUAUUAUAAACAAAUUGUUGUGAUAGUAGUAACACAUUUUCAAUAAUUUUCAAUCUUGAGAUGUGAUAUGAAAAUCAACAAAAUUCAGUCUGCAAUGAAGAAUUUUCGAGUUAACUUCAUUGUGUCGUGAGGAAUAUGACAAAAAAAGUCGAGAACUAACAGUGCCAGUUUUGUUGUGCCUCAAUCUUGGUAAGCUUGUGCAGUAGAUUCAAUCAAUUUUAAUUUUGGUUCAUCAAACAUGUUGAUCAUUAUGAAGCCGAAGAUAGCAUUAUUUUCGGUUCAAUUGUGAACAUAGCCAGUUGAAUGAUGUGCUUACUGCAAAUUAGUUCAAAAUUUGAUGAUCUCCAUUUUCCUUUGAAAAAUUAAUAAUAGGAGCUGCAUUCAGUAAUUGCUGGGAAGGCUUAAAUGGUUCUAAUUCCAUUUUCCUCCGCUAUUUUUGCUGUAUUGUUGUAAUAGCGCCGAAGUUUGACAUACAAAAGUGCAAUUAUGUGUCAAAAAAUUCCCUUCUCCCACGCAGUUGUAGAAAUCAUCGUUUUUUUCAUAUGUUGUGAAUAGGAGUUUUGAAUAAAAGCCGUCAAGUAUUUGUUCGAAUUACAUACUCUUGAAUACUAGUCAUUCCAUAAAAAUUUCUAAGGAAUUAUUGCAAAAAAAAGUUUUUUAACUGAUUCAAACGAAGAGGUUGAUAAUUAGACAUAAUUUGUCGAAUUAUAUAUUCAAUAGUAUGGCUGAAAACAUUUAUAUAACACUUUAGGAUAUCAAAUUUGAGCAUGCAGUUUUUUCAUCAAGAGCAGGUUCCUAUAAAUCUUGCAAGAUGUGUUUGGGCAUGCCGUUACAAAUUACAUAUCCUAAAGUUAUUAAUCAUGAGAUUAGUAGAAUAGUUAAAUAGAAGUUUUUUAUU